AUGAGCCUGAUGCUGGAGACGCUGCUGGGCCCCCCGGGGGGGCUCCGCAAGGAGCCGGGCCGCGCCGCCCCGCGCUCCGCCGCCUCCAGCGGCUUCCACUCGUGGCCGGGACCGGUGGUGGGGCGGGCUCGGGGUGGCGGCGGCGGCGGCAGCGCGGCCGCUUCCUCCACCGAGAGCCUGGACUCGCUGAACGGCGAACCGCGGGCGCGGAACGAGAAGGAGCUGCUGCAGGUGCUGAACGAUCGUUUCGCCGGUUACAUCGAGCGGGUGCGGGCGUUGGAGCAGCAGAACCGGGCGCUGGCGGCGGAGGCGGCGGCGCUGCGGCAGCAGCAGGCGGGGCGCUCGGCCAUGGGCGAGCUGUACGCGCGGGAGCUGCGCGACAUGCGGGGCACGGUGCUGCGGCUGGGCGCCGAGAAGGGGCAGCUGCGGCUGGAGCGAUCGCGCCUGGCCGAGGACGUGGCCGCUCUCCGGGGACGGCUGGAGGAGGAGGCCCGGCAGCGAACCGAGCUGGAGGCGGCGGCCCGCGGGCUGGCUCAGCUCUCCGCGCAAGCGGAACGGGCGCGGGGGCCGCUGGAGGAGCGAGCCCGAGCCCUGCGGGAGGAAGCGGAGCUGCUGCGGCGGCAGCACCGGGCCGAGGUGGGAGCGUUGCUCCGCGGGGCCCGCCCCGAGCCCCCGGCCGAACCCCCCGCCGCCCUGCGCCCCGGGGUCACCGCCGCCCUCCGCGACCUGCGCGCCCAGCUGGAGGGCACGGCGACCCGCAGCACCCUCCAGGCCGAGGAGUGGUUCCGCGUGAGGCUGGACAAGCUCUCGGAGGUUGCCAAGGUGAACACGGACGCCAUCCGCGUGGCCCAGGAGGAGAUCUGCGAGUACCGCCGCCAGCUCCAGUCCAAGACCACCGAGCUCGAAGCCCUCAAAGGGACCCAGGAGUCACUGGAGAGGCAGAGACAGGACUCGGAGGAGCGCCAUCAUGCAGAUGUCCUGUCCUACCAGGAAACCAUCCAGCAGCUUGACAGCGAGCUGAGGAACACCAAGUGGGAGAUGGCAGCUCAGCUCCGGGAGUACCAGGAUCUGCUCAACGUCAAAAUGGCCCUGGACAUUGAAAUUGCUGCCUACAGAAAGCUCUUGGAAGGGGAGGAAUAUCGGAUCGAGUCUGGCUUUGGGAUGGUCUCCUUCCCCGAGGUGGUCCCCAAGGCUCCCAGCAUCACCACCACCAUCAAGGUGAAGAGCGAGGAGAAGAUCAAGGCGGUGGAAAAAUCUGAGAAGGAGACAGUGAUUGUGGAGGAGCAGACAGAGGAAAUCCAGGUGACCGAGGAGGUCACAGAGGAGGAGGAGGCUGAGAAAGAGGCUGAAGGGGAGAAAGCUGAAGAGGAGGAAGAAGAGGAGAAAGCUGAAGCAGAGGGUGAAAAGGAGGCCAAGUCUCCUGCAAAAGAGGAGGCCAAGUCCCCAGAGAAACCCAAGUCCCCCUCAAAGGAGGAGGCCAAGAGCCCAGCUGUCAAGUCCCCUGAAAAGCCACCAAGCCCCUCAAAAGAGGAGGCCAAGAGCCCAGCUGUGAAGUCCCCUGAAAAGCCACCAAGCCCCUCAAAAGAGGAGGCCAAGAGCCCAGCUGUGAAGUCCCCUGAAAAGCCACCAAGCCCCUCAAAAGAGGAGGCCAAGAGCCCAGCUGUGAAGUCUCCAGAGAAACCCCCAACUCCCUCAAAGGAGGAGGCCAAGACUCCAGCUGUCACAUCCCCUGAAAAGCCCCCAGCCCCCUCAAAGGAGGAGGCCAAGACCCCAACGGUGAAGUCCCCAGAGAAACCUGCACCCCCCUCAAAGGAGGAGGCCAAGACCCCAACGGUGAAGUCCCCAGAGAAACCUGCACCCCCCUCAAAGGAGGAGGCCAAGACCCCAACGGUGAAGUCCCCAGAGAAACCUGCACCCCCCUCAAAGGAGGAGGCCAAGACCCCAACGGUGAAGUCCCCAGAAAAACCCUCACCCCCCUCGAAAGAAGAGGCCAAGACCCCGGCUGUGAAGUCUCCAGAGAAACCUACAACUCCCUCAAAAGAGGAGGCUAAAACCCCAUCUGUCAAAUCCCCAGAGAAACCCCCAAGCCCCUCGAAAGAAGAGGCCAAGACCCCAGCUGUGAAGUCCCCAGAGAAACCCCCAACCCCCUCAAAGGAGGGGGCCAAGACCCCAACUGCGAAGUCCCCCGAGAAAGUCAAAUCUCCUGUGAAGGAGGAGGCCAAGUCUCCGCAGAAGGAAGCAGCCCCGGCCAAGGAGCCCACCCCGUCCCCUCCAAAGGAGCCGAAAGCCCCUGCGAAGGAAGAGCAGCCCAAGGAGGCGAAGGCUCCCUCCAAGCCCGGGGCUGAGGAGGGCAGGAAAGAGGAAGCUCCCAAGAAAGAUGUCCCGGCCAAGGUGGAGGAGAAACCCAAAGAGAAGGCGGCUGCUGUGCCGGAGCCUCCGGCCCCACAGGUGAAGGAGACCGCCAAGCCAGGCCCCAAACCUGCGGAAGAAGGAAAGGCUGAGAAGGAGGCUCCGCCAAAACCUCAGCAGGAGGUCGGCAAAGCGGCUGCGAAGGAGCCCAAGAAGGAGAAGGCGGAGGAGCCCAAGAAGGAGAAGGCGGAGGAGCCCAAGAAGGAGAAGGCGGAGGAGCCCAAGAAGGAGAAGGCGGAGGAGCCCAAGAAGGAGAAGGCGGAGGAGCCCAAGAAGGAGAAGGCGGAGGAGCCCAAGAAGGAGAAGGCGGAGGAGCCCAAGAAGGAGAAGGUGGAGGAGCCCAAGAAGGAGAAGGUGGAGGAACCCAAAGCUAAAGCAAAACCCAAAGAUGAGCCCAAAGCCAGUAAAGAGCCCCCCAAGGCCGAGACCCCCUCCAGCAAGGAGGGCAAAGCCCCAGAGCCGGCGCCUGCCGCGGGGAAGAAGUGAGCGGAGCCCCAGGCGCCGAGGAGCACCUCUG